AUGAGUAGCAUACAUCUCUCAUUAUUUUGUCUUUUUGCUGUUAUAUAUCCGGUUCAUUUACUUGAUCCAAGUUGUACGGGUAAUUAUAAUACAAAUCCAAUAAUACGAGAUGAGCCCACUUUUGUAAGUUCUGUACCAAAUGGAAAACGGUUUGUUGUUGGAACAGAUUACACUAAAAUUAAUAUUGUUCAUGUCUAUGGCGGUACACCAUACGAUAUGGGUUAUGCAUUAGGUUCAUUGAUGAGUAAAGAAUUGAAUAUACUUAUUCCUGAAUAUUUUGCUUAUUUGGAUAAAACAAUUGAAGAUGAAUUGAAAAAACUACCACCAUUUGUUGCAAAAUGGAUUGCAGAACUAGGUAUACCAGGUGCUCUUGAUUUGAAUUAUGAAAUAACGCGUAUCUAUACACCUCCUUGGUUUGAUGAAGAAAUUCGAGGUAUUGCUGCUGGUAGUGGUGUAUCUUAUCAAAAUAUUCGUCGGUUGAAUUUAAUUCCAGAACUAAUCAAAGCUGCGUGUACUGUUCUCGGUGCAUGGGGCGAAUCAACGUUAACAUCAGCAUUACUUCAUGUACGAUCACUUGAUUGGGACGAUCAAGCUCCUCUUGCUAACUAUGCCAUAGUAACUAUCUAUCAUCCAAAUGCAUCCUACGAGGGUUAUGCGGAUCAUUUUCAUGAGUUUUAUAAACAAGAAAAUUAUAAAUCACACGCAUUUGCUAAUAUUGGUUAUCUGGGUAUGAUUGGAUCGAUCGGUGGCUAUAGUGAAGCUUCAAUUGGUUUAGGCGAAAAAGUAUGGAUUACAAAAGAACAAGAUAUAACAACACGUUUUGGAAAUCCAUGGACUUAUGUUCUUCGUGACGUUCUUCAAUUUUCACAUUCGAUUGAUUCAGCUUUAACAAUGUUUACUAAUGCUCAUCGAACGUGCUCAAUUCAUCUUGGACUUGGUUCAUAUGAACGCAAUGUAUCAGCUAUGAAUGAUGAAAAUAUUGGAUUUCGUGGUAUUGAAUAUAGUGCAAAUGAAUUGAAUAUCUACAAUUGGGAAGAUAUGUUUGAUACACCACAUCAUCCACGAUUGAAAAAUGUUGUCUAUUGGGAUAAACAUGUUCAACCAUCAGAUGAUCCAUGUUUAGGUAGUUUGCUUGUCAAAGGUUAUGGCCAAUUGAGUCCAGAAAUUAUCAUUCAAAAUAUUACGAGUGUUGCAGAAACCGGUAAUGCAAUUAAUUUCGUUCUUGACUAUGGUGAAAAUGCUGCUUAUGUCGCAUACAGCGCACCCGAUGACCCACAAGGGCCAUUGGAAGCAUACAAACGAGCUCAUAUAAGACUUGAUAUGGCCAAAUUAUUUUCUGAACCAGCACCAAAAUAA